AUGCGUAUAGUUGAAGCAAUUCAAUUUACAUUCCGACAAGUGGCAAAUAAUUUUACAAAAGUAUUCAAGAAGCUUGUUCCUCAUGGUUCGGGACAUUUAGUGUUGAGAACAUCAAAAGAUCACAAUGGUGAUAAUGGAGAAGGUGAAGUUUCAACGUCUGAUGACUUUACGGGAAUCGGGAUCAGAGUUUCUUUCACUGGCGGUGAUGCUGAAAUGCGUGAAAUGAAUCAAUUGAGUGGUGGUCAGAAGUCACUUGUGGCUUUAGCACUCAUUUUCGCUAUUCAAAAAUGCGAUCCAGCUCCGUUCUAUUUGUUUGACGAAAUCGAUCAGGCACUUGAUGCACAGCAUCGUUAA